AUGCCGAACACAGAGGUGCUCCGGGAGGCCCGGGCUCGAAGCCCCUCUGGACAGAGGAAUGCUAACAGGCAGAACCGACAGGACCGACAGGACAGGCGCAGCAGCGGGGGCCAGAGAGAGCCACGCCGUGACAAGAGGCGCCCUUCCACAAACAAGAGGAAGAAGCGCAGACAGCCCAGGGACAGGACCGUGUGGCGCCCAGGACUCACAGGGGAACACAACCAUGACAGAAGAGAUGUGCUUGGAAAGGACACGGAGUUGCAGACAUUGGUAGAGUACGAUGACGUGAGCUCUCAGUCGGAGCGCUUUUCUGGGAGCCCGUCACCCAAACUUGACCCACUGGCUGACAGUCUGCCAGGAGACCCUCUGAGUGACGGGGACUUGGGUAAAUAUAACGGACCUGCAUCUCCAGAUAAAAGUUUGUCUAGAACUCGUGAGGCAGUUUGCCACAGUAAGGGACAAACUAAAGGUCCAUCUGAAAGGAGUAAACCCGACAGAGAACUGAGCAGGAGAAAGGACCCCCGGAGCCGUGAGAAGGACCCUAAAGCCAGGAGUGGUGGCAGCUUAAGUGGCACUAAAAACCACAGAGACACUGCUAGAAGUGACCGAAAUGCGAGUCCAACAAAGUCCUGGCGAAGGUCACCUAGUUAUGGACGACAUAGCCCUUACGAACAAGGAGAAUUUGGGUCGAGUCCUUAUCCAAGCCGUAAGAGGUCCAGGAGUCCAUACAAGAAGUCUUUAAGCCCAAGCCCAGAAGUCAGGCGUUCUGCCCGCUCUCGCAGCAGAAGUCCUUACACCUCCAGACAUUCUCGCUCACGUAGUCGCCAUCGUCACUCUCGCUCUCGCAGUCGUCCAUCAAGCCUCUCGCCAAGCACACUCACCUUCAAAUCUAGUCUUGCCGCUGAACUGAGCAAGCAGAAAAAGGUUAAAGCUGCCGAAGCAGCAGCCAAAGCCAAGAACUCUAGCAACACUUCUACUCCGACCAAGGGCUCCUCAGCCGUGCACCAGCCCAGUCCCAAAACCAACCACACCUCACGGAAAGGUCGACCUCCUUCCCCACCUCCAGAGAAAGGCCCUCGGACUCCUCCACUGAGCGCACCGCAGACUCCCCCAGAACGUCAUGUCAAGAGAAGUAGCCAGCACCACACGACAAAGGACCGAGAUGGGAAGAGCAAAGAGGAAUCACUACAGCGGGACCGGAGGAAAGCGGCAGCAGCACCACUCAAGGAAAAGGACAAAAACACUACUUUAGUCGGAUCUAAUCUGUUGUCUUUGCCAAUGCCUCCAACUACCGAGACCACAGACCAGGGAGACAGUUCAAAGGACAACAUACUCUCAGGGAAGAAGAAGUCCGAGAGGAAAGCUCGGACACUUUUAACAGAUCUGCCGCUGCCUCCUGAGCUUCCUGGUGGCACCUCGUCUCCACACAGUCCAGCCGACGAGAAGAAGUCUCAAACUGUCCGAAGUAGACCCAAAAUAUGUGGGCCCAGGUAUGGUGAGAUUAAAGAGAUCGAGAUCGACUGGGGAAAACGCUGCGUAGACAAAUUUGAGAUAAUCGGCAUCACGGGAGAAGGCACAUACGGGCAGGUGUACAAGGCGAAAGACAGAGACACUGCUGAAAUGGUGGCUUUGAAGAAGGUCAGGCUCGAUAACGAAAAGGAGGGCUUCCCAAUCACUGCAAUCAGAGAGAUCAAAAUCCUGCGACAACUCAACCACAAAAGUAUCAUCAACAUGAAGGAGAUCGUCACUGACAAGGAGGACGCGCUGGACUUUAAAAACGAUAAAGGUGCUUUUUACUUAGUAUUUGAAUACAUGGACCACGACCUGAUGGGUCUGCUGGAGUCUGGCCUGGUCCAUUUCAACGAGAGCCAUAUAAAGUCGUUCAUGCGCCAGCUGCUGGAGGGCCUCGAUUACUGCCACAAGAAAAACUUCCUGCACAGGGACAUCAAGUGUUCCAACAUUCUGCUCAAUAACAAAGGUCAGAUAAAGCUGGCAGACUUUGGGCUCGCUCGGCUGUAUAACUCAGAGGAAAGUCGGCCAUACACCAACAAGGUGAUUACGUUAUGGUAUCGUCCCCCAGAACUGCUGCUGGGGGAGGAGAGGUACACCCCCGCCAUCGACGUCUGGAGCUGCGGGUGUAUUCUUGGAGAGCUCUUCACCAAGAGACCAAUUUUCCAGGCAAACCAAGAACUGGCCCAGUUGGAGCUCAUUAGUCGGAUCUGUGGGAGUCCGUGUCCUGCUGUUUGGCCCGAUGUCAUAAAGCUUCCUUUCUUCAACACCAUGAAACCAAAGAAACAAUACAGGAGACGACUACGAGAGGAGUUUGCCUUUAUUUCUCCCGCUGCCCUGGAUCUGUUCGACCACAUGUUGAACCUGGAUCCCAGUAAACGGUGCACAGCGGAGCAGGCCCUGGGCAGCGAGUUCCUGAAGGACGUGGACCCAGACAAGAUGCCCCCCCCAGAUCUUCCUCUGUGGCAGGACUGUCAUGAGCUGUGGAGUAAGAAGCGGCGGCGGCAGAAGCAGAUGCCCGAGGAGCUGGCCGCCCCCAAAGCCCCCCGCAAAGAGCUGGGACUGGACGACAGCCGCAGCAACACCCCCCAGAGCUUCCCCGCCUCUGGGGCUCUCAAAGCUCAGAGCGCCGCUGCUUCUGCUCUGCUGGAUCCUAAAGGCCCAAACUCGCAGCUGACUCAGGAGCAGCUGGCGGUGCUGCUGAACUUCCUGGGACAGACCAAGAGCGCGGCCAACACGGCCCAGUUCGUCCAGGCCAUGGGCUCCAAGGUGAACCAGGAGACGCUCCAGCAGCUGUCCAAGGCCCUGGCCCCCGCAGAGCCCACCGAGCCACCUCCUCAGCCUGCCCCGGUGAAGGCCCCGCCCCCCGCCGGAGUACCUCGCACACCCCCCAUGCCCAAGCCGCCUUCUCCUCCCACGCCUGCUCCGACCUACAUCCCGGACGGAGAGGUCGCAGCCACACAGACAGCCAUGACCAUGCUCCUGGCCCAGCUCCUGCAGGCGCAGCAGACGCAGCAGACGCAGCAGGCGCAGCAGCAGCAGCAGUGGCAGGAGCUCAGUGACGCAGCAGAAGCAGCAGAGAACAGCAGUGGGACCUCCGCAACAGUGGACGCCCAGCAGCCUCCAGAACCCAGCCCCGUGUCUCCAGUUUCGGAGGUGGGGGUCGUGCCCAUUCUACCUCCAGACCAGCGUCCUCCUGAGCCCCCAGAGCCGCCUCCUCAUGCAGACCUGGACUACAGACAGCCUCCGUCUGACGCGCCCUCAGGCCUGGCCCCCCCUCUGCCGCCCCCUGGAGGAGACCCGGCCGCUCCCCCCUCUACCCUCCCCCCAGCCCUGCCCCCGGCCCUCCCCGCAGCCACAGACUACAGCCAGCCCCCUCCUCCGUCCUUCCCUCCCGCGGGCUUCGGCGACAGCUACAUGGGUCACAUGAUGGGGGGCGGGCUGCCUCCCCACGCGCUCCGGGAGGUGUUUGGAGGCUCCGCUCAGGGCCCCCCCAGCUCCUCCUCCACCUCCUCCUCCGCCCCCCACCCCUCAGCACACUCUGACCACUACCACAGCGUCCUCUUCUCCGGCGACAAGGACCACCGCUUCGAGUACAACCACAGCCCGCUCCCGGUGGAGACGCAGCCCAACCCCAACGCCAUCCACCUGUACAACCAUGCCAUGGCCCGCAAGGACGGCCCCCCCCCUCAGCCUCAGCCCCUGCCGGCCGCCGCCCCCCCGCUGCCCCUGGGAUACCCUCCGCACGUCAACGCCGCGGCCGCCAUCAGAGGACGAGGGCUGCCGUUCUGA